AUAUUUGUUGACAAAAAAUUGUUUACAUUUUGAGUCAACAUUUUUUUUUGAUGAAAUCAUUUUUCAAGUGAUUUAAUUUCAGACAAGACAUGAAUCAAAAAUAAUGAUAAUAUAAGACAUAAUACAAGACUUGGAAGUAAUAAAAUACAAGACAUGAGUGUCACGAUUGAUGUGAACGACGUGUUUGAAGAAGUGGUUAAACAAAAUGAAAGACUUGUCAAAGAAAUUGAAUUUUAUGAAGAAGUGGUCAACGAUUUGUUGACAAAUUUGAAGACUUGUUUAGUUUGUCAACAAAAUAAUGUCAUAAAAGACAGAAUCAAUGAAUUGGAGACAAGGAAUACAAAGGAAAGACUUGUUGUCAAAGAUGUGAUUCAUAUUAAUAGCAGUGAACCAACUGAUGAAACCUUGAAUUAUGCGAAACCAAUACAUGACCUAAAAGGUGAUAAUAAUUGUCAACAAAUUUCUAGUUCUUGUAAUUAUGAAUCAGAUGACAAACCAUUGCCGGAACUGAUCAGUGAUGCAAAACCAUAUAGUCUUGAAUAUGAAGCCCAAAGAGAUGCACUCAGAGACAAAACACAUCUGUCAGGUGUCGGCAGUGGAUAUCGAUGUCAUUCCUGUGACUUUCAAAACUAUAAGUUUCGUGUUUUAGAGAAACACAUCAAUCGAUUUCAUCUGAAUAUUAAGCCAUUCAAGUGUCGGGUUUGUUGUAUUGGUUUUUACUGUUUAAGUGAUUGUAUACAACAUUUGAGAAGACGGCAUAAUAUCGUCAGCGAUAAAAUUAAGAUGAGUAACGAUUAUAACAAAUAUAAACUAAUUGAUGAAACAGUAAAUGAAUACAAACCAUAUAGCGAUGAAUAUGUGGACCAAAUGCGAGCACUCAAAGUCUCUUCGCGUAGAAGUGACGGCCGAUACCAUUGCAAUGAUUGUGGAUUUCAUAAUUCAAAUUUCACUAUUCUUGAGUCGCACGUCAAUGGAGAUCAUCUGAAGAUUACGCCAUAUAUGUGUCAUCUUUGCCCGAAACGCUAUAAAGGCAGACAUAUACUAAACAAACACAGAAAAACGGUUCACAACUUUACAACUAAAGAGAUUGAAUCAGUACCGCAACUAUCACUCAACUGUUCCUACAGUGACUGCGACUAUACUGCUAAUAGUGUCAAAAGCCUCGAACAUCACAUUACAACUGUCCAUCUGCUGGUGAACUUUGAAGCCAAAGGAGUGAAAUGUAGUGAUUGUGAAAAGACGUUUGGAUGCGAGUCUUCAUUUUACAGACACCGGCGAAAGUUUCACAGUAUUGGCAAAAGUUUUCCGUAUAUUAAUUGCAAUUGGCCCGGAUGUUCGUACAAGACAUAUGUGAAAAAUCAGAUGAAAAAACAUCAUAUAAGACACACUGGUAUCAAAAUGUUUGCCUGUGAAUGGCCCGGUUGUGACUAUAAGUCGGUAACCAAAUGUGAAUUGGACAGACAUUGCGAGCGACACAUUCAAAAACGUGAAUACAAGUGCCAUUGGCCCGGCUGUGAAUAUGCCUCUAAAACAGGUCGCUAUUUGAAACGGCAUACGAUAACAAUUCACGAGACAACCCCUUAUAUACAUGAAUGUCAUUGGCCCGGGUGUGACAAAAAGUUUCGUUUUAAGCAAUUGUUGUCCAUUCAUGUCCGGGACUUUCAUGGAUUGGCAGACAAACAGUGUCCUCGAUGUCAUAAAAUGUUUAAAGCCAAUAGAUAUUUGAAAGAUCACAUGAAAAUACAUGAUAAGAGUUGAUUAUAGGGUGGUUUUCAAUCGGGAAAGAGUAUCUGUGAUGUGUAUACGACACGGAUAUUAUCAAAAACAAUUAAAUAUACUUUACAAUUGAUGUCUAUUUAACAAUAGAUGAUAAAUACGGUAUUAAUUAAUACAUUGUAUUUGA